UUAGGCUAGAGAAAUAUUGUAAAGUGGAAAGUGAAAAGUUUUGUGUAAUAUGUUAGUUAUGAAGGCGACGGGACGGAGUGAUUAUUUGUUUGAUUGAAUGGGAUCGAUUCGGAGUUUCUGACUCACACGUGGCGGCGCGGCGGUGCGCAUCGUUCUGACUACAGGCCUGUGUGCUGUGACUUUAGGUUGUUUUAUUCGGCCUCUGGCCGCUACUAGUGGCAGGCGUGAAUUUGUAAUUUUUUCUUCGUUUUCGUUUAACUUAUCAUAAGGAAUUAGUGUACGUUACCUACCAACUUAUUUGUAGAAAGAAAAGGAGUACCUAACAAUUAAGGACACAAUGGCACCACUGUCAGUAGAUGGAGACACGUUAGGACAAAAGCAUCAAAAUUACAAUAAAAUAGUAAAUGAAGCGAUCGAAAACAAUCCUACACUACAGAUAACGGCAUUAAAUUAUGAAGAGCCGGAUUUGGAUAAUCUAUACAAAAUAGAUAUAGCGUGUAACAGAAGAAAUGUCGAAUAUAUUCUUGAAGUUUUGAAAAGCGAAGACAUGUUAUAUGUAUCCCGAGCUAUCAAGAAAUCCACGUGGUUAAUAACAGACCAGCAAUACGCUUCCAUUAUUAAUCCCGAAUAUUUGUAUAACAGCCUUUCUCCUCAGAUGACCACUAAGGCUUUUAACAAACUUGUUUUGCACAUAAGGUUAAAUUUAGAGGACGAAAAUCGUGUUGAAGCAUUUUUUAACUAUUACAAAAAAGAUUUGCAAAAAGCAUUCAAGUGGUUACCGGGUUGCUCUAAUCUUUUUAUUGAAGAUAUCAUUCAAGGACAUGCUGAUGAUAUACCAGAGCGAAUAUUUAAACGUUUAUAUGAAAAAUCUAUUACAUUUUUAAAAAUAACUCUGCGGAGUCUUAAAUCAGAUUAUUUAAGAAGAGACAAGAUAUCACCUGCAGUGUUUCUUGUAAAAAGAAACGUUGAAAUGUUUUUAGAUAUAAUAGAAGAAACUGAUAUGGAUGGUAUUUUUGGUUUCGGUCCAAACAUUACGAAAAAAGUUAUGGAGAGCAGUCCUGAAAGGAUAAUGAAAAAUCUUGAAAAAUAUGUUUAUAUUCUUGACAUAUCUACUUUUGCAAAAUUUAUAAAAAAUGAAGACGCUAAGGAUUUUAUUUUAACUCACAUAAAAAACAAAAAUAUGCGUUUGUGGUUUAAACAUAAGAACAUAAAACACUUUAUAAAUCGAUUGCCAUCUGAGGAACGUUUUGGUUUCAUUAAAAAAUAUUUUAUAGAAAAAUUUUGUCAUGAUAAUUCGGAAGAUGAGACAUGGCGUGAUGUAGUAGAGCAAUGCAGUCCAUCUUUUAGAGAAUAUGAAUCACCUCCGAAAAAUAUUUACGGCUGGUACGUUUAUGCACCCUUUGAUAGAGCUUUUGGGGAUCUGAAACAGUUGAUUCUUAAAGAAUCAAGUCCUUAUGAAAGAUCAUUAAUUUUUAGUGUAAUGCUAACUUGUGCUGGAAGUGAUAAGCAAAGCAUAUGUAAGUUAUUAAAGUAUUACCGUGAACAUCACAUUAAUGAACCAUUCAAGUUUAAAAUUCAAUUUGUAAAUAAAUUGCUGUCUAAAACUGCAACACACAGAUUUGAUAAUGAAGCUUGGGGUUAUUUAAAUGAUCUUUUUUAUAGCAUGGAAGUGUUCUCUAAAGCGGAUAAAAAUGUACAAUCAUGCGUGAGAGCCGUUAUUUUAUACAAUUUAAUGAAUGGCAAAAAUAUUCCCGAAAUUAUAGAGAAUAAAUUUGAAUUUGAAAAUCUAGACAGUAAAAUUAAAUUUAACUUGGAAGAAAGAGAGAAAAUUUUUGACUACUUAUACAAUUAUUUGAUUUCAAAACUAAAAAACGAUUUUAAUACUGAAAAAGGAUUCGAUGAUACUGUGGACUAUGUCAUAAAAGUUUUAAAUCUUCUCAAAGAUUGGAAUAAAGAACUCAAAGAUUAUCCAUGCAUUCUCCAAAAAAUCAAAAAACUUGUUGUAAUAAGGAAAGAAAACUCUUGGAAUCGCGAUAUUUCGGGAAUAUAUAACAUCAAAAAUUCUUGGAAAAAGCUGUUAUUGGAAGAAUCUAUCCUUCUGAAUCCUACCGAAGACAGCUGUGUUAAUGCUCUUAAACAUAGGCCACAAUUGUUGGAAAUAUAUAGAGACGAAAUAAACCAAUUAUGCAUACAUAACAACAAUCCCUUGGAAAGGUUCCUACAUAAAAUUCGAAUUUAUUGGUAUCAAUCUUUAGCAGAAAGUUUUAAAACAACUUUCUUAGAAAAUCUUGAGGAACAUAGCAGUGAAGUUGCCUUGAUAAAAGGAAUCUGUACUUUACUAGCUCAAAAAGAACUUUUAGACUUUAUAAAAAAAUAUGUGCCUACGGAAUCUAAAAUUGACUGGAGUCAACCGAAACCAGAGCUUAGUCUUCGUAAGUUUAUUGGUACAGGUAUGCAUUUAGCAAGACCCCAUCCUCCUCUUGCUGUGGCUUUAUUGUAUGCUAAAGGAGAUUAUUUGCAAUAUGUACUACCAUCGUUAAAUGCAAUACUUUAUAACAUUAGCGCCACCAAUAUUGCCGACAAUUUACCAAAGCUUCUUAAUACACCAGUAUCCUUACAACAACAUGGCAUUCGAGCUGCAUUUUUUAAACUUAAGUAUGAGAAACUUAAAGAUACAUUUAAUAAUAUUUGGAAAACUAGUACGAAUAGUACCAUUCGAACCUUAAUCUUUUGCCAGACUUACCAUAUGCUGUGUACGGAAACUAAUGAAUCCAUAAUAAUAGAAAUAUGGGACAUGUUGAGUAUAUUUAUCGAAAAUUUGACUUUUAAUGAAAAUAAAAAAAUAUAUUUGACUUUGAGCAAAGUUGAAAAUGUGCCACUUACCGUAAGAGCAGCAUUUUGGAUGAAGAGUUAUGAUUUCUUAAAGAAGUUACCGGCAUCUGAAAAUGCUUCUAGCCUAAUUAAUCAUUUAUGCUCUGAAAUGAAAGAUAUAUUGGAGACUUUGGAUAUUGAUUUUAUGGCAAAAUUUUUAUUUCAGAAUUUCGAUAUUAAGUUUACCACACAACAAUACGACUACUCCUACCAUGUAUGUGUGUAUUUGCUGUCUACAAAGACUGAAACUGCUCAAAUGGAGCGUUACGAAAAAAUUCUUUUACCAAUACUAGAAAAAGUUAUUGCUGCGUGGGAUAAGCAACAUGAAAAUAUUUACUACGUAAGAAAUAAUCUAAAUGAUAUAUUUGAUUAUAUGUCUAGAGAAUUUCAAAAUAUUGUUUUACAAAAAGAAAUGAUGUUUCCCAUUGCUAUGUACACUGCAGCCCUGUUUAAACUUCAAAAUAGUCUUCCAACAAAAGAAAGUUAUAUCUAUUUAACAAAUAUGAAGUUGACGUUAGGAUACAUACAAAUUUUACAUGAUCAAAAAGCAAAUACAAAUUCUGAAAUAAGCGCUGACAUUGACCAAGAAGAUAUUUGGAAAGAUUUGUACGCCAGUGCAGCCCCAAUUUUUGGUAGUUUAUGUUUAAAAUGUUUAAAGGAAGACGUCGCAAAACAUUUUCCUUCAAUUUACGUUAUUUUUGCAGAAAUCUUAGACACUAUAUUUAAUCGGUUUUCUUUUAGGUUUCAUGAUAAAUUCACCAUUUUUAAAGUCUUUAUUGAUAACAAUGAUUUUAUUCAAGGAUAUAUGCUAGUUAUGAGAUUAAUGCCAAGCUAUUUAUAUGAUGAUGAUGAAAAAGCUUUGAAACAUGAAUUGCUAGAAGAAAUAAGCCGCCAUUCUUCAGAAGAAGUUUUAAUGCAUUAUUGUUUAUUGCAAAUUAAUGAUUAGAUAACUUUUAAAAGAAAAUGUUUGAUCCCCAUAAAAGGUUAAAUAAUGAACAUACUCUAAUUUGGCAGCGUAAUAAAACUUAUCGAUGUAAAACUCCUAUUCAAUAAACAUGCUGCAAAUCGAUCUGGGGCGUUCACCCAGAAAAGGAAAAAACAACCUUUAGCAACUAGAACUAGUCAUAGUAUCGGGAAGCUCUCUAACAACCUAAGGAGAAAACAACAAUAAGGCUUGCAUAAGCUAAUAUGAUAAAAACUUUAAGAAAAUUAUCUAGUUUAGUAUUUGGAAAACCUUUAAAAAAAGAACCUUUAUUGCUCUUUUAUUACAUUUAAAAAAUAAAAUGUAGCCUGAGGUAAACAAGUGCUAUGCUAUGUAUGUAUAUUUUCUGAUCAAAAUAAUGUACCUAGGUAAUCUAAGUGCAAAUUGCUUGUAGCGUUUAUAAAUUUAAAUAUGACAUAAUAAAUUCUAUCAAACUUUACACUUUAUUUGUAUUUAUAUAAGUAUUUAAGAAUAGUUUGGACUGUUGACUGAACUAAACUGACCGGGAACUGUGGACUGUAGAUUAAGUAAAGAUGUAAAAACAUUUACUUCAAAUAAAUAAAUCAAGACUAUUAUAUUAAACUAAAUUAAAAAGAAACAAAGAAAAUAAAAAAUAAAACAGAAAAUCAGUUACAGAAAAUUUAAACCAUUUUUUUUUACUUUAGAUGUUCAUAUUAUGUGAAACCUUAUACCUACAUAACGAACCACUAAAUAAGUAAAUGACACUCAAAUAGUUUGAUUCGCUGCCAAAAUAAAUGAUAUUGCAGCUCAGGGUAUUCAUUGUAACGUAGCCACACUGUUAUAGGUUACGCUAAAAAUUAUCUACUGCUCGUUAUGACUGUGCGAAAAUUUAAAAUAAAGAUAAAAUUGAAUACAAUACAAGUAAUAAAUAUAUGAUUAACAGCGAA